CUCCUCAUUGCUCUCUUCCGUAUCAGGAGAGAAGGGAAGAGCUUGGAGGUUGUGUAGUUCUCCGCGCCGAGGUGGGCCCCCGUUCUGGACGCUCCGUCAGUGCCCCAGUCGCCUUUGAUGCGCGGGGCGACCAUCGUCGCCCUCUCGAAGUUUCUUUUUGCUGCGUUUAACGUCAUUUUCUGUAGACAGGCUGGAGAAGCGACGCGUCUCCUUUGGCUUCCUCUCCUUGCAUCUCUGGAUUGCUGUUGGUGGUCAUGGAGAUCUGAAACAGGGGCUUCCCCCGCGCUCUCCUCCCCCCAAAAGUUGAAACGUUACUUUGGAUCUUAAGCGUUUUGAAACGGCAGAUCGCGAGGGGAAAGUAUCGGCAGCUUCUUACAACCGUCGGAACUUUUGUGCUCUUCAGGGCGAGGGAAAGCGCAGACCUACUGGGCUUGGGGAGACACGUCCCGCAGAAGCCUUGCUGGGAGUGGGAGAGGGUGUGUGAGGGAGAGAGAGGAGGAAGGGACGAGGCUGAUAGCUAGACGUGAGGGGCAAAGGAAAGGUGUGUGUGAGAGAGAGGGCCUUAGGAGCGGGUGGUUGGCGUACGAUGGCGAGACAAGUUGGCCAGGAUGGAAAUUGAGGGCCGAAGCUGUAGAAUUUGGCGGAGUAGCCGAGGAUAGCUGGAGAUACUGAUGAAUACAGAGGGAGGGAGAAACUGAGAUGAGUCAGUGCCGCCUGCAGAAAAGGAUGUGAUGCAGAGAAACUUUGGAGAGGUUCGCAGAAGAACUUGCGGAAAUCUUGGUGGAUGUUAAGAGCCUCCAUAUCCAAGAAAGGAGCCUCCGCCUGCUCGGAGACACGGGGAGGGGGGUGUUUUUCGGCCUGUUACCUGGUUUAGCAGCAGAGGCCCCGGGACUGCCAAGCAUAGGCCAGAGCUGCCUUGACUUGAUGGCUGCUGACGCCGGCAUGAGGACGAAUGGCGGAGGCCCCAGCAGCAGGAGCGAUGACAGCUGCGUGCUUUCUAACAUCAGCUACACCCUCCCCACCAUCUCCUCCAACAAGCUCCCGGACUUGCGCUUCAUCAGCCGGGGGGCGUAUGGUACUGUGUCCUCUGCGCGCCAUGCGGACUGGAGGGUCCCAGUGGCUGUCAAGUGUCUGCAGGGACCACUACUAGACAGCGAGAAAGACAAUCUCUUAAAAGAAGCUGAAAUUUUGCACCAGGCAAGGUUUAGUUACAUUCUACCAAUUCUGGGCAUUUGCAAUGAACCUGAAUUUCUGGGCAUCGUGACAGAAUAUAUGCCAAAUGGGUCACUGAAUCAACUUUUACACAGUAAAAAUGUAUAUCCUGAAAUUGCUUGGUCAUUGAGGUUUCGCAUUCUUUAUGAAAUUGCCUUGGGAGUCAAUUAUCUUCACAAUAUGAGUCCUCCACUCUUGCAUCAUGAUUUGAAGACCCAGAAUAUUUUACUUGACAGUGACUUUCAUGUUAAGAUUGCAGAUUUUGGUUUGUCAAAAUGGCGCAUGGUGUCCAUGUCACUGUCACGAGGUGAAAAAUCAAUGCCUGAAGGAGGGACUAUUGUCUACAUGCCACCCGAAGAAUAUGAUUUCAGUCAAAAAACGCGUGCGACUGUAAAGCAUGAUAUAUACAGCUAUGCCAUCAUUAUGUGGGAAGUGAUGUCAAGAAAGCAGCCUUUUGAAGAUGUUGUAAACCCCUUGCAGAUUAUGUAUAGCGUGUCACAAGGAAAGCGUCCAGACACUGGGGAAGAAUAUUUGCCGCUAGACAUUCCUCACCGAUCCUUGAUUCUGUCGUUAAUGGUGUGUGGCUGGGCGCAAAAUCCAGAUGAAAGGCCUUCAUUCUCAAGAUGCUUAAUAGAGCUUGAACCUGUGCUGAGAACCUUUGAUGAGAUACCUAUGCUUCAAGCAGUGAUACAGUUAAAGAAAGCCAAAUCUCAGUAUGAGUGGCGAUGCAUUCACUUGCCUAGCAAGAUGUCCAGUGAUGAAUCAGUAUCUCUAAAUAUACCAUUAAAUUCUAGUCCACAAGAGGACUCUUCAUCACAAUGUGACAGACAUCUGCAAAACUCUGUCCAAGAUACGUCAAAACAGUGCAAUCUCCUCUCAGAAGGUGAUGAAGACUCUUUAGAUGAACCACACUCAUUGGUUAGCUUGAAGGGAAAUCGCUCACUGCCUCCAAAUCCUCAGUCUUGGGCAUCUCAACAAAACUUUUCUUCAUCUACCACAGAUAGCAAUGAUUCAUCAAAUUCCAUGCCACCAAGACAUAACUCAGAUUUUGUACUGAGGACUGUGCAACAAAAUGAGGAAGCUGUUGCUCACCAGUGGAUCCAAAGUAGAAGAGAGGAAAUUGUCAGCCAGAUGACUGAGGCUUGCCUUAACCAGUCCUUGGAUGCCCUCCUCUCAAGGGAUUUAAUCAUGAAAGAAGAUUAUGAACUUAUCAGCACUAAACCUACAAGGACCUCAAAAGUCAGGCAACUGCUUGAUACUACUGAUAGCCAAGGAGAGGAAGUUGCUAGAGUCAUUGUGCAAAAAUUGAAAGACAAUAAACAGCUGGGACUUCAGCCUUAUCCAAAUAUAUCUGCUGCAUACAGGCCCGCAUCUUUGAAUUUAUAAACAUCAGUAUACAAAAUGCACAAUGUUUUCUCAAAAGUCGGAUUCCUGUUUCUGAAAUGUCACUCUCUAGACGACAUCGCUCUCUAGACUGAAGUUCUCGGGUGGGUGGCUGGGUAAGGGAAAGUCUGGUAAGUGAAAGUAUUACAGGACAUGCUUGUCAUUUUAAAAACUAUUUUUACACCACAUCUUGGUGGAGACGCAUGUAUUGUGUGGAUCUAUAAAAACAGGGAAAAUAUAAACCAUUGAGGAAAAUGCACAUGGCUUUACUUUCUUUAUACACGUCCUCUCAUCGGACAGAACUAUCUUUGAGAGAGAUGAGCUAUGUUUGGCAGGAAUGCUCUAAAACAGUUGUUUUCAAACCUUCACUCUGAAGGGCAGCCCUUUCUACAGACUUGUCUGCUGUGGGAACUACUGCUUGUCUGCUUCACAGACUAUGGGGCAUAUUAAGAGGUUUAGAGUCAGUUUUUGAGGAGCAGUAACCAGAUUUAUUGGCUCACAUCCCAUGUGAAGUCAGAGCACACUUCCUGGAAUACAUCCACCACUGCUCUGUAGCCUUCCUCAAAGAAUCCUGGGAACUGUAGUUCCCUUACAGAGCUAUGAUUCCCAGCACCCUUAACAAAGACAUUUCUUUGGAGGAAGCAAUAUGCUUUAAAUUUAUGGUGUGGAUGUGAUUGUAGUCGAACUUCUGUGCCACUAAUGAUCUUUUCCUUGAAGAACUUCUGAUAAGUUUCCAAGAAAGGUUUGAGCCCCAAGUACUUAACAGACAGCCUCUUCCUAUAUUUUCCAGCCCAUGUAAUGAGAUCUGCAGGGAAGGGGCCACUCAUGGUCCCACUGACAAGGAUAGUCCAUGGGGCAGUAGCUUAUGGUAGAGCCUUCUCUGUGGUGGCACCCUGUAUGCAGAACUUCCUCCCUUUGGUUGCCUUCCUCUCUUUUUAAAUGUCAAUUAAGAUUACUCUGUUCAAGCCUUUGGCCCAUAAUUUUGAAGAAUGCAUCUGCUCAGAUGUGACUGCCAACUGCUGCCAUUUACACUUUUAUGCUUUUUUUUGCUAUAAGAUUUUAAUUAGUUUUAAUGGUUUUAUUGUGGUAGUAUUUUUUAUAAUAGAUAACAUAUAAGUUGAUUAGCCACCCUGUUCCUACAGGAAAGGGGUAGGAUUAAAAAAAUUAAAAAACUCCAGGGUCGCCCAGAACAGAACACCAUUACUUUAAAAAAGAAGUAGAAUUAAGGGGUUGUGCAAGUUGCUUGUCUUUAAUUCUAGGCUCGUUCAUUACUCAUUUCCUAGGGAAACCCACAGUGUGUUCUUUUUCUAUAGUAAUCAAGGUCCCACUGACUUCAAGCGAUUAUUCAGUUUAACAAGGCAUGACAUCUUUAACCAGGCACCUGGUUGGCCACUGUGAGAACAGGAUGCUGCACUAGAUGGGCCACUGGCCUGAUCCAGCAGGCUCUUCUUAUGUUCUUAAGUUCUUAACUGUCUUGCUGAGAAAAGUUGUAACAAUCAGACCUCCAAUACAAAUGCUACAUCAAAGCAGUAACAAAAACCUUAAAAUUAACAACCAAACAUUUCAAUUUGGAACACAUUUGAGAAGAGAUGAAGGAUGAAGCAAAAAUAAAAACUCAAUAGCUUUUCUUAUUGCAGUUCCUUGUUUGUCCAGGAGAAUAUUAACAGAGUAGGGUUGCAUUCCAUUCUUUUGCAGUUAUGAGUCUAUUUACCAUUGUAAGAAGAAUGGCCCCUUCUUUAAAAAGCAGAGCAGAGACAAACUCUGAACAUAAGAAGAGCCUGUUGGAUCAAGCCAGUGGCCCAUCUAGUCCAGCAUCCCGUUCUCACAGUGGCUAAUCAGAUGCCUAUGGGAUGCCUGCAAGCAGGAUUUGAGCACAAAAACACUCGCCCCUUCUGCAGUUUCCAGCAUACUGCCUCUGACCAUGGAGGCAGUGCAUAGCCAUCAUGGCUAGUAGCAAUUGAUAAUCCUGUCCUCCAUGAAUUGGUCUAAUACUCUUUUUUUAAAAUCCAUCCAAGUUGGUGGCCACUACUUCCUCAGGUGGGAGCAAAUUCCGUAGUUUAGCUAUGCACUGUGUAAAGAAGUACUUUCUUUGAUCUGUCCUGAAUUUUCCAACAUUGAGUGUCUUUGGAUGUCCACAAGUUCUAGUGUUAUGAGAGGGGGAGACAAACAUUUCUCUAUCCACUUCCUUCAUGCCAUGCAUAAUUGUAUAUACUUCUAUCAUAUCACCUCUUACUUGCUUUUUCUCUAAACUUAAAAGCCCCAAAUGCUCUAACCUUUCCUCACAGGGGAAUAGCUCCAUCCCCUUGAACAUUUUGGUUGCCCUUUACUGAACCUUUUCCAAUUCUACAAUAGCUUUUUUGAGGUGAGGCGCCCAGAACUGUAUACAAUAUUCCAAAUGCAGCCUCUCCAUAGAUUUGUAUAACUAUAAAUCUGAUAUAUCUUCAUAUGCUUGUCACAUACUGAACAUGUUUCUUGUGGAAAGAAUGUGUCAUUGGACUGUUGUACAUAUUUACUCUGCUAUUCAUGUUUUAAGUCAUUCACUUCGGAAUAACCAUACAAAAAAUCCCUAGCCAUUUUGCUGUUGCAUUUGUGAACAAUGCCAAUGCGGAAUAUUUCCUGCCCGGUAAAAACACCACCAAGGACCCUGCUGUGCAUAGCUUGAUGGAAAAGCAUUAUCAGUGCAGGGAGAGGUCAAUAUGUAAUUCAUUUGUGUUAAAACUGUAUGGACCUCGGGUGGUUUCCAGUUGUACCAUCAGCACAAGGAUUUAUGCUUGUGCAAAGAAGCUUUGCUACUCUCCUUGCUUCCCCCCCCAAAUCUGCUCUGGAGGCUUCGGAGAGCCCCACAAAACAGAUAUAGGGGAACACGCUGGGAUGGGGGAUGAGGGGGCAAGUUCCAUUGAGCAAACAGAAAUCCUUGCACUGAAAGACCAGAUUAGUUAGAUACUGUCCUUAAUAUCUGGCUCAUAAACUACUUGAUUCAGCUAAAAUGAGUACAUUUUAAUCCACUACAGACUGUUGUGCUCAACCAGCGCUAUUCUUAGCACUCUCUCUGUGUCAGAUUGCAAGUUGGGGAGGGGGCAUAGCUCAGUGGUGAAGCUCAUGAUUUACAUGCAGAAGAUCCCUGCUGCAGUCCCUGGCAUCUCCACUUAAAAAAGGAUCAGGUCGCGGGUGAAAGCAUCUUCUCUGCCUGAGAACCUAGAGAGCUGCUAUGGAUAAUACUGGGCGAGACAGAGAAAAUAGUCUGGCUUAAUAUAAAGCAGCCUCCUAUGUUCCUAUUGACUCAGGAUGGAGGGUUUGUUUGCCAGCCCUUUAAUCAGCCAGAUAAGUCGUACCAAUAAAACAAUGGAAACUGAGUUGAUGGGAUUUUUUUAUGCUUUAUGAUCUGCUAUGAAACAUUUUACGACUGCAUCUAUCAAAACCAUUAGCUGACAUAGUGAGAUAGUGAAACAGCAUAAACUUGAAUGAAUUCCUGGAACAGGCUUUACAAUAGAAAGGGACGGAGUUGACUAGCAUGGUGUGCCUUCAUUUUCAGAAGAGAGAGGUGGAGAUGUACUGGAAC